AUGAACCCCUAUUCUGGCACAAGCACGCUAGCCAAGGUGCUGCGGUUCUCGGCGGUGGGCGUGGGCCUGGUGUACGGCUCCAUCAAGAUGUCGUACUACAAGGCAAGCCGCCUGCUGCACUCAGCUGCUGCACCCCACCAUGCCCGUGGCACCGGGUUGCCGCGCCCGCUGGGCGUCCUGCUCAUUUCCAGCUCCCUCGCCGCCCUCGCGCUGCUGCAGAGCCAGGCAGCAAAGGCGGCCAAGAAGGCGCACCACUGA